CUUGAACAACAUCGCAUGAUACUUCCAGCAUCGAUGGGUCCUAUAAAUUGCUCCAAGAACACACGAUGAUCACGAACGAAAUGGCACCCGACAAUCCCAUAGCUGCGAUGGCCUCCUCCGCCGGCUCAAAUGUCUUCGCAAUUGCUGCCAUGCUCUCGAUCGGUCUCCUAGUACUGCUGGUCAUCCGACACUUCUUACCCCUCCGAACGACACCAGCCUAUCUACUGGUUCCCGUGUUCCUCGCUCUGGUACUCCCCUGUAGUAUCAUCUUCCUCGUACCGAUCGACCUCGCCUCAGUGGACGGAAAUGAAUCAAAGCAUUCUCGCGGAGUAUGGCUACCCGAAAGAGUUAUCCUGGUUACCUGGCGAAUCACAUACUGGCUCACAUUUCUACUCUCUUGGUUUGUUCUACCUUUCCUCGGCGAAUUCUGCGAUUCUGGAUACAGGGAUACACAAAGCCGCAUGGUGUAUUCGUUGAGGACGAAUGCCCGGUAUCAGAUAAUUGUGCUGGGUACUGCUAUCCUUGGGCUUGUCUACUUCAUCUGGGAGAACGGAUUCCAUGUUGCUAGUAUCAAGGGGCUCGUCAUGGCACUGGCGUACGCGUGGGGUCUCACUUUGGCCAUAGGCCUCAUGGGACAUGGACUGGUCGCAUUACCUCGGCGACUUUACAGAAGUGCGAAUGUGAGCGCAAGAUUGCGUAGACUGCAAGCAGAGGCGCCGAAACUAAAAGAUAAGCUGGAUGAUGCGACGGACAAGCUAGAGCAGCUUGAGCAGACGGUGAUGACUUUGAAAAGACACAAAGGAGGCGCCAGCAGGGAUCAGCAAGAGUGGAUAGAUGAGCUCGCAGAGACGGCGAGUCUUCCGGAUACGAGACCUGGCCAUGCUGCUGUACCUCGUACCUCCAAUCCUAGCAUACCUGGAGUUGUGACGGAUCGAUACCUGGCAGAUCUUACCCGAAAAUUGAAGCGAGCGCGCCAUCGCAAGGCACGCUUCGAUGAUGAGUGGGACAAUCUAUGUCUGAGAGCACAGGACACGCAGGCCAUUCUGGACGCUGCAUCUUCGAAGAAGCUGGACUUCGGGCAGGCCAGACCAGGAGGUAACUCAAUCUUGGGCCGAACUACGAUUCUGACACCUACCAUGCGCUACGUCUUGCAUAUGAACAUGAUCCCCGCUUUGAGAAUGAUUCUGGCGGGUGUAUUGGCCAUCGCGUCGAUACUCGUUGUCUGGAGCGAGCUGGUCAAAUCCGUUGCGCCUUCGUUAUCCGUCAUAGGACUGAGCGUCGUCCAUCAUCCCAAUUCGGAGCACGGCGGUAAGGUCAACUUUGGCGGACAAGUUAUCGCCGCCGGGUGGCUGCUUUACAUGGACACGAGCGCACUUUAUGCCAUCUCAGAUGUCAAGGUUUGGGGCAAUCGAGCCCUGGUCAAGCGCCAGACGUACGCGGAGAGUGCAUGCUGGUACAGUCUUCAGGUCGCGAAGCUCACGAUCCCGCUGUCUUACAACUUCAUCACCAUGAUGCCAGCGGCUGUAUACAAGGACACGCUGUUCUACCGAUUUUUGGGGCAGUUAGUAAACCUAACACCUCUCGGCCAAGGCUUCAGCGCUUUCUUCCCCUGUGUUCUGCUCAUCCCGUUCCUGGCGACCCUCUUCAACUUGUAUGGCAAGACGAAGAAUGUCUUCGGGUUUGGCGUAUUGGAGGACGAUCCGGACGAGAACCCAAACGGAUUCGGUACUGGUGGCUGGCGAGAAGGCAGAGCUCUGAUCGAGCGAGAACUGCAGGCUCGCGGCGCUGAGGGAACUCGAGAUCAAGGAGUGUUUCGAGACGAGCGAGUGCGAGAGGCGAAUCGUGCCUUCAACGCCAUUACGAAUCAUGAAGAGGAAGAAGACAAUAGCGCACGGCACUUCUACCACGACUUUGGAGAACGAGUCAAAAACACUUUUGAGGGCGCGGAAUGGGCGAAGAACAUUGGGAAUGCCUUUACCACGACGCCUAAGUGGAUGCAGAAUGACCAGAGUAAUAACGGGGAGGGCUCGGCCAUCUCCCGCUUGUUCAAUUCACGUAGUGAGGCUGGACGUGUCAGGCUAUAG